CUCAGGAGUCUUGCGGAGGAGCGCGCGCGCGCGUCACAUUCUUCCGUUGAUCCGCUAAUCAUCAGAAAUACAAAGAGAAAACGCGACAGACAGCAGCGACAGACAGCAGCGAGCAGAAGGGUGGCCCGGCCAGGACAGAAUGCUGGCUAAAGAUGGACAUUCCUGAAUACUUGGACCUGGAUGAGAUUGACUUCACUGAUGAUUUACCUUAUUCAUCAAAGACCAUUCCUGAACUGUGUCGACGACAUGAUGGCCAGGGUGAAGACAGACAAGCUCCAGCGAUCAACUGGGCUCGGAGCGCGUCUUCGCAUAGCGGAGCGGGGCUCAAACCCACCGGCAUCGCCGAUGUGUACAGCAAAUUCAGACCCAUCAAACGGGUGUCUCCGCUCAAACACCAGCCAGAGGUCUCGGACACCGAAGCUGACAGUAAGAACGCCGAGCGGCAUGUGGACGGGCAGAAAGAGGAUGCCUCUGUUUCUCCAGGUGACGGACAGGGACUUAAGAGCAAAGCCUGUGGGACCGGAGCUCCGUUUGGAGAUCUAGAACAUUACGACCUGGAUAUGGAUGAGAUCCUGGAUGUGCCAUACAUUAAAUCCAGCCAGCAGAUGGCCACUCUUCCACGGGUUGCUUCAGAGAAGAGGACGUCCGGCAGCGGGUCCAGCGAUAGGUGUCAGACCCUGAAAGGUUCAUCGCUCACCCACGCUGAGAGCCUUGGAGGGACCUCGUUCUGCGUGCUGUCCCCCGUCAGCUGGCCUGACAUGAGAAAGUCCAAGUCCAUGGACCCGGAGUAUCUGAGCGGAUGCGACCACUCGGCCAGCUCGCUCCACGGCUCUGACGCAGAAAGACUCUUAGCCGACACGCACGCUCAUAAAGCCGGCACUCCGAGCGAUUCUCAGGGACACCCGGCAAUGUUCGCUCUUCACGCAGGCAAGACCUGGGCCGGAUCAAGAGCAUUCGGAGAGUUUGAUGAAGAAACCAAGAAGACUCAAAACAUCGUGAAUGUGGUCAGAGAGGGACAGAUCUCACUAUUGCCUCACUUUGCGGCUGAGAAUCUUGAGCGCAUCAGAGACGAGGAGGGAAACAAUCUGCUGCACAUCUCUGCCGCUCAUGGUCACGCAGACUGUCUGCAACAUCUCACCUCUCUCAUGGGAGAAGACUGUCUGAACGAACGCAACCUUCAACAGCUCACGCCCGCUGCACUCGGGGUCAAGAAUGGUUGUCUAGAAUGUGUGCGCUGGAUGGUGAGUGAAACUGAAGCGAUCGCUGAACUCAGCUGCUCCAGAGAACAUCCCAGUCUCAUUCACUACGCCGCUUGCUACGGACAGGAACGUGUGCUGCUGUGGCUGUUACAGUUCAUGCAGGAGCAGGGCAUCUCUCUGGACGAGGUGGAUCAGAGCGGAAACACUGCGGUUCAUGUGGCGGCUCAGCACGGUCAUUUGAGCUGCGUUCAGACGCUGGUGGAGUACGGGUCGAAUGUGACUGUGCACAACCAGCAUGGCGAGCGGCCGUCCCAGUGUGCUGAGCAUCAGGGUCAUGUGACCUGCUCGCGGUACCUGGUGGUGGUGGAGACGUGCAUGUCGCUGGCUUCACAAGUGGUCAAACUCACCAAACAGCUGCACGAACAAACCACAGCACGUGUAGCUCUGCAGAAUCAACUUCAACUUAUUUUACAAACUCAAGAAGCAAACGGGCGGCCACGAUCACCAAGCUCUCACGUUAUUCCCUCAGAGCCGUGGUCAGAAAUGAGUUUGACAGCUGAAGUGGCUGCUGAUAACGGUCAAUGGAUCCUCAAGCAGAAACAGGUGGAGUCAGACGCUGUCUUGCGGAAAAUGUUGGGGAGAGAAAAACCCACACUUGAGUUCCAGGAGGGGCCGAUUGAAGGAGCCGGUCGGGUGGAGUCAGGGACGGGGCCUGGAGCAGGACCCAUGAGGAGGCUGGGCGCUGCGGAGAAGCGGGAGCUCAAGCUCGCUCGCCUCAAACAGAUAAUGCAGCGCUCGCUCAGUGAGUCCGACAGCGACGCGUUCCCACCGGAUGAGUCCAAACACUCCAGACCCGACCGGCCCACCCAGCUGCCCAUUGCGGAGGCAGACGAACUUCAUUUAAUGACGAAACAGAAGCAGAGCUCGAGCGGUGAGCGCAAGUUCUGCUUCGCGCACAGGACUUCCAAAUCUAUGGAUGUUUGCGACCCAUCCCCGUCGUCGGACUGCAGCGAUCCUGAAUCUAAACCUGAUGGGGUGAGCGAAUUUCCUGAUGGGCAAAAGGUAACCACGAGCCCUAAGAGCGCUCUAAAAUCACCAUCCUCUCGCAGAAAGACCUCACAGAACCUCAAGCUGAGGGUCACGUUCGACGAGCCGCCGCGCAAAGACACGGCCGCGGGCGACGUGAAAGUCUCGUCCGGCAAAGAAAAGACGGAAUCGGGGAAACGUGCGUUCGGGACCUUCCGCUCAAUAAUGGAAAGUCUGAGCGGGAACCAAAACAGCAACAAUAAUAACACUCAGACGAGCGGUGCCGGCAAACACUCGGUUGGCGCUCCGACACCGAGUCUGUCUGGAAAAAAGAGCGAAUCCAAGAGCAAACACAAGACGGGUGCGGUAUAGAGAUCACUGCUGUAACCUGAUGAAUGGAUAUGAAUCUGUCUGUCAUUAUUAACAUCACACUGCAGAUUCAUCAUGACAGUGAAAUCAGCUGCUUGUUCAAUCCUCUUUGGACCAUUGUAAAUAAGAAAUAAAAAAUACUUUCUUAGAGGAGAAAUUAUUUUAAAUGCCAAUUUUGGAUGAGUACUUUUGCAAUACUGUGAUUUUCUACAGGCUCAGAAUUAAUCUUAAUCAAGCAGAAGCAGUAUUGUUUAGUUAACGCUGGGUUAGUUGUUGAUCAGUCAGAUUUGUUAUUCCAGCAGUGACACGAGUACAAACUUCUGUAUUUCUGUUGCAUUAGUUUUGAUUUAUUCCCAUAAUUCACUGCAAUUUUACCACAAAUAGAUUUAUAUGUAAUCUGUACUGUAAGUGAGUCAAUGUUUGAUUUAUUAUUUAAGGAAACUUUAGCCUGUUGCAAUCAUUGUACUUACAUUUGGAUAUUAAAAUAAAAACUUUUAACUCUU